AUGUUUUGGUUUUCGUCGCUCAUCGAUCGUUUCAAUUUACUCGCUUUAGACGAGUCAGAUAUCGAAGAGCCGGUUCCUAGUCGAUUGGUAGAAAAAGCGCUGAAAAAGAAAUCAACGUCAGCGACGUUACGUGAGCCGCCAGAAAGUGGAGCAAAGAGGACGAAGGCUCGCACCACCAGAUCGCGAACUCCACAAAAGACCGGCACUGCGCGUUCAAAUGAAUCCCACGUCGUUCGCGAACAUGCCGGAAAACCCGAAGUCAAAGAAGAACAGGUUGCGAAGAGUCAGCGAACCCGCAAAGUAGAUGCAACAUUGCAUGUUGCAAAACGUGGCACGCCUGCAAGCACAAAGAAGCUGAACCCAGUGACGGUAUCCGCUUAUUUUGACGACUCGGCAGCGGCUUCGCCAUCGAAAAAAGCCAAGCAGACCCACGCUGAUAGACAUGAUGAGACGUCAAGCACCACCAUUCACGACGAUAAAUUUUCUAAAGUACUUGAACGAGCCGCAAAAUACUUGGAGAAACCAGACACCGGCGCUGCUCCAAAAACUGAAGUAACAAAGCGCGGUUCGACAAGAGGGAGCGGAGCAAGCAAGGAUACGGCGAAGAAGAAAGCCGGCGACGAUGGCGAAGAAUCCAGUCCACGUGCUACGUCGAAGAAACCUCACAAGCGGCACUCAUCGAAUGAAGCGAAGAUCAGUCCGCGGACAAAGGCGAAGCCUGAGAAAAGCGACGCAAGUAGCGAAUGCACAAAUAAUUUUCUACGAAACGUUCGUUCCUACGAAAUGUUUGUUCUUAUUUUAAGCACCUGA